UGAUGUGAAGUGCUGCAGGACGAAGCCCAGAGGGGGAGACGCCCAGAAACCUCCUGAACCGUUUCAUAUUUUUGGGAUCUUUAUUUAAUUCAUUCACUUUUUUUAAAUUACUGAAAUCCCUCUUGGUUUUUCAUUUGUUUUUGUUUUUUGUUUUGUUUUUUUUUUUGCUUUUUAAAGCCCACUUUUUCCUCAAUCACUCUGCCUCCCUCUAGUCGCCCCCCACCCUCUGCACACAGCCUCCGUUGCGUCCCCCCCCCUCCUCCCGCCACCCCGGUUUGCUGCGGCAGUUGACCCGACCGGACCUCCAUGGCUGAAUAACACAUUGAAGACGGGGGCUUGCUUCGGUGGUUUUCUCUGAGGGGUUGCUAAGUUGCGGUCGAGACCGUCGGUGGAGGCGGCGGAGGAGGAUGGCGCUGGCUGUGGAGGAAGUGUGGGGCAGAGUGAAGAACGUCUGCAAGCAGAACGGCCUGCUCAUCCUGUCCGUGCUGGCCGUGGUGAUCGGCUGCCUGCUGGGCUUCUUCCUCAGAGGCAAGCAGCUCUCCGAGCAGGAGGUGAAGUACUUCCAGUUUCCCGGCGAGCUGCUCAUGAGGAUGCUGAAAAUGCUAAUCUUGCCUCUUGUCGUUUCAAGUCUGAUGUCAGGUCUCGCCGCCCUGGACGCCAAGUGCUCAAGUCGCUUGGGCAUCAUGACCAUUUCCUACUACCUGUGGACCACCUUUGUUGCCGUGGUGGUGGGCAUCCUCAUGGUGUACAUCAUCCAUCCGGGCGGCGCCGCCCAGAAGGAGGACUCCGAGGACAGCAAGAAGCCCAUGACGAGUUCUGCCGAUGCGCUGCUGGACCUGAUCCGCAACAUGUUUCCAGCCAACUUGGUCCAAGCUACAUUUCAGCAGUAUCGGACGCAGAGGGUGGCCGAGCUGAUCCCCAAGCCCACGGUGGCCCAGCUACUGGACGAGACCACCACGCGGCGGGUCUACAUCUACGGCGUCCAGGACGACAACGGCACCGACAUCCAGAACUUCUCCUUGGACCUGACGCCGCCCCCCGACGUCAUCGUGAAGACGUCGCCCGGGACCAGCGAGGGCAUGAACGUUCUGGGGAUUGUUAUUUUCUCCGCAACUAUGGGAAUAAUGCUGGGAAGGAUGGGACCCAAUGGAAGCGCGUUGGUCAACUUUUGCCAGAGUUUGAAUGAAGCGGUUCUGAAGAUCGUUGCCAUCGUCAUUUGGUAUUUCCCCUUUGGCAUCGUCUUCCUCGUUGCCGGGAAGAUCUUGGAAAUGGACGACCCUUCGGCCAUGGGGAAGAAACUGGGCUUUUACGCCAUCACUGUGGUCAUGGGCUUGGUGCUCCAUGGCCUUUUCAUCCUCCCUGCCAUGUACUUUUUCAUCACUAAGAAGAGUCCCAUCGUGUACAUUAGAGGGAUCCUGCAGGCUCUGCUCAUCUCUCUCGCCACCUCCUCCAGCUCUGCCACUCUGCCUAUCACCUUCAAGUGCCUCCUAGAGAACAACCACAUCGACCGGCGCAUCAUCCGCUUCGUGCUGCCCGUCGGGGCCACCAUCAACAUGGACGGCACUGCUCUCUACGAGGCCGUGGCGGCCAUCUUCAUCGCCCAAGUGAAUAAUUACGAGCUCGACUUCGGGCAGAUUAUCACCAUCAGCAUCACCGCCACGGCCGCCAGCAUCGGCGCGGCCGGAAUCCCGCAGGCCGGACUCGUCACCAUGGUGAUCGUGUUGACCUCCGUGGGUCUACCCACCGAUGACAUCACUCUCAUCAUUGCUGUUGACUGGGCCUUGGAUCGAUUCAGGACCAUGGUCAACGUCAUGGGCGACGCUCUGGCCACCGGCAUCAUGGCUCACAUCUGCAGAAAGGAUUUCGUCAAGGAGGGAGAGCAGGUACCCCUGAUCUGUGAAACCAAACCCAUGAUAAGCAUCCAGCAGAUGAUGACGUACCAGAACCAAAAGAACGGCUGCUACCAGCCGCCGCCCGGCAGCCGGCAGGACCACAUGUCCCCGGACGUGGCCCGCCUGAUCCAGCUGGAGGAGGGCAUCCGGCCGGUGGAGAAGAAGAAGCAUGGCCACGGCCCGCACCACAAGCGAGAGCACAGAGACAAGGACCACUGUUCUGUGGACAUGAACGGACUGGAGACCAACGUCUGAGAGGACCGGGCCGGGCCAGACCGACCUGCUUUGGAGCUCCGGUUCCGACAGACAAAAGCAGAGGGGAAGGCUUCGCGUUCCCACCGAGACUGGAGCCAAGACUGGAACCAGAGGGAAAAUUUUAAAUUAACAGACUUCUUUUCUUCUUUUUUUUUUUCUUCCUUUUUUUACAUAACCUGUAUAAUGACCCACAUUAUAUUCUUGAUGUUUAUGUGUAAAUAUUUAUCAGAGAUGUCAUAUUUAGCAGCAGCAGCGACAGCGUGCUGCGAGACUCACAAACCGCAGAUGAAUAAAGCAACAACAACAAAGCAAAGCAGAGGAAAGUUGUCAGAUAAUAAUGAAAAGCCUCUGGAUCAUUCUGUGGACUUCAACCCAAAAAUACAAAAAAAAAGAGAAAAAAAAAAGCAUCACUUCAUAGAUAUUUUUAUUUAUUAUGUAUUUGGAAUGUUUUAGCAUAAUAAUAACCGGAUUUUAUAUAUUUCUUUUAUUCUGUUGGCGGCCGCAAUGGGAAAUGUUUUCUCGUUAAAGACGAUGUCAUUAAACAUGCAAGCAAAGAAAAAAAUGUAUUUCCCAAUGAUUUACCAGCAGGUGUGGCAGAGUGACGUAUCUAACAAAGAAGCAAAAACAGAACUUUUGGCUCAAAUUAAGAAGGCUUAAUUAAGUUUAAAUAGCAUGCAUAUAUGGGAAUAGUU